AUGGAGGAGGUGGCGGUGCGGCUGCAAGUGGUGGCACGUGCAUUUUUGGUGAUGAGGAUGAUGCAAGCGUUGCGCGAGGUGGACAUGGAGGCAAAGGAGGUUAGGGGAAAGGUGGCACGUGAGGUGGAGGCUCUGUCUUGGGACACCAAGGCACUGAUCGCCGUUAGGAGGCACCCAGGCGGUUGCUGUUGUGGGUUAGCCCCACAUCAUUGUAAUCAAGUAAACAAGAAUUAUCUUACCGGACUCUUGAGCCUCAACCUGUCGAGCAACUCACUCUCCGGCGAACUCCCAUCGCAACUGUUGUUCUCCAGAAGCAUUGCCAUUCUUGAUGUCAGCUUUAACAACCUCAAUGGUGACCUCCCCAAGCUGCCAUCUAGCCGUGGCAGCGCUAUGCAGGUAAUCAACAUCUCGAGCAACUUGUUUACAGGACAGAUUCCAUCGACCACAUUGGAGAGUACGACGAACCUGGCUUCUCUCAACAUGAGCAAUAACAGUUUCACUGGGCAAAUUCUGAGUACCAUAUGUGUCAACAAGCCAUUCUUUGCGGUGCUCGACCUCAGCUUCAACCAAUUCAAUGGAAGCAUACCUGCGGAGCUUGGCAAUUGCUCUGCGUUGAGAGUGCUUAAGGCCGUUCACAACAAAAUCUCUGGGACUCUGCCCGAUGAGCUCUACAAUGCUACCUCGCUCGAGCAUCUCUCUUUUCCAAACAACCUUUUGCAAGGAGCACUCAGUCCUGAGCUUAUAGUCAAACUCGGUAAUUUGGUUAUCCUCGAUCUUGCAGAGAAUGGGCUCACAGGCAAGAUCCCGGAUUCUAUUGGGCAGCUCAAGAGAUUGGAGGAGCUUCACUUAGAGUACAACAGCAUGUCUGGAGAGCUGCCGUCAACUCUAAGCAAAUGCUCAAAUCUCACAACCAUCAUCCUCAGGAGCAACAGCUUCCAUGGAGAGCUCAAAAAAGUCAACUUCUCCACCCUAUCCAAUCUAAAAAAUUUAGACUUUAUGUUAAACAAAUUCACUGGUACGGUUCCUGAGAGCCUAUACUUCUGCAACAAUCUUAUUGCGCUGCGACUGUCUUCAAACAAAUUACACGGCCAACUUUCACCAGGACUUGGCAAUCUCAAGUCGCUCAAGUUCCUAUCCCUUAGUAACAACUCCUUCACAAAUAUUACAAAUGCGUUUCAGGUCCUCAAGAAUUCAGGAAACCUUACUACUUUGCUGAUUGGAACCAACUUCAAAGGAAAUAUACCUCACUGGCCAUCAAAGCUCCGAAAUUUAAGAGAGAUAUUCUUAUACAACAACCAACUCACUGGACCAAUACCUGUCUGGAUCAAAAGCUUAAGCUUGCUAUCCGUUAUAGACAUAUCCAAUAACAGGCUUGCAGGAGAGAUCCCAACAGCAUUGAUGGAGAUGCCAAUGCUACAAUCCGAGAAGAUUUCAUACCAAGUAGUCUUUCAGUUGCCUGUUUAUACGACUCCAUCACUUCAGUACCGCAAGGUCAAUUAUUGCCCUAAAUUGCUGAAUCUAGGCGAUAAUGAGCUCACUGGUGUGAUUCCACCGGAGAUUGGUCAUUUGAAAGCACUCACAGCACUCAACUUGAGUUUCAACAACUUUCAUGGGGAGGUCCCACAAUCAAUCGGCAACCUCACGAACCUGCAGGUACUGGACCUGUCUAACAACCAUUUGACAGGAGCAAUCCCUGCUGCAUUGGAGAACCUUCACUUCCUUUCAGAUUUCAACAUUUCUAACAAUGACAUAGAAGGCCCCAUUCCAACUGGAGGCCAGUUUAGCACGUAUCCUGAUUCUAGCUUUGUUGGGAACCCAAAGAUGUGUGGCCCUAUGCUUAUUCACCAUUGUAAUUCAGUAGAGGCAGGUCCUGCGCCCAAUGUCUCCACAGAACUGUGGGAUGGCUACAUUGUCUUUGCUGUCGCCUUUGGAGCAUUCGUUGGAGUAGGAGUGCUUUAUGAUCAGAUGGUACUAUCCAGAUAUUUUGGCUAAGAAACAUGCUACAACAACAUGUCCUGGCUUGAAGAUAGGCAAUGGAUGGAGCCGAACCUAUCAGGCCUCAGCAGACAGCCACAGCUUCGUAAUUGUUAUAGUAAAUUUUCACUUUGGACCAUGAAUUAAUAUAUUUGGUGUACUUUGAAUCAUCUUUAACAAUAACUUUCACUUCAAAUCAUAUAUUUGAUGUUAAUA